GAGGCGUGUCGUGAGGGCUGCGGGCGAGGCGAGCUCCAGGCGGAGGGUCCUCGCCGGCAGCGGCGGGGCGAGAGCCGCCGCCGAGCCCCUGCCGGGGGCGGGGAGCUGCUCGCACCCCGCGGCCGCUCUCUCCAGGCCGUAUAUGCGCAGCCACCUUCCCGUGCUGGCCCGGCCCGGCCCGGCCCCCGCUCUCGGCGGAGCCGCUCACUGCGCCUUGAGUGACGGCGGCUGCGCCUUUGGCGGCGGGCGGGCGGCACCGGGCGGCGGCGUCUCCCGGCCGCGUCUCUCAGCGCCGCAGGCAAGGGGGCGGCGCGGGGCCUCUGCUGAAAGCCGAUGGGGCGCCGGAGAGCGGGGUGCCGGAGCGCCCAGCAGGCGAGCACCUGACGCGGCUGAGGACGGCUUGGCUGCGAGCGGGCAGCCCUGAAAUGGCGAAAGCUCCCCUGCCAGCUAUAGGUGGAGUAAAUGAAGAACAAAAGGCUGUGACCUAGUGGCAUGUUUUCUCCAGAAUAAUACAGAAGGAUGCAUCCUCUAUUUGAGUUGCUCUUUUACUACUGAGAGAAGAAGAAUGCUUUUGUGGCCAGGGGCUCAGGAUAUUAGAAUCAGGUCUGAUGUCAUCAUUUGCGGAAAUGAAUAAAACGAAGGACACUAUUCUGCUGGCCCACGCCGAUUUGGUGGCACUCAGCGGCACGUGCAGAGUGUUCUCAGAGACUCUGUAGAGAGCUCCGAUGAUGAAUUCUUUGAUGCGCGAGAAGAGAUGGUGGAAGGAAAAAGUGCUAUUCUCAUAGGCAUGAGCCAGUGGAACUCAAAUGACCUUGUUGAGCAGAUAGAAACAAUUGGGAAGCUUGAAGAAAAUCAAGGUGAAUUAUAUAGAACCUCUUUAAGAAAACAAAGGUUCCCUGCACAAGGCAGUAUUGAAAUACAUGAGGACAAUGAGGAAGGAGUUCAACACCAGAACUGCAAAACUCAUGUGUUAAUUUUGAUCCUACAUGGGGGGAACAUAUUAGACACUGGAAGUGGAGACCACAGCAGCAAGCUGGCAGACAUCAACACCUUCAGUUCCGUGUUUGAGAAAGUGACUCGAGCCCAUUUCCCCGCUUCUUUGGGCCACAUCUUAAUGAGACUUGUUCCCUGCCCAGCAAUUUGUUCAGCAGCUUUCUCUCUUGUUUCCAGCCUAAAUCCCUACAGCUAUGAUGAGAGCUGUCUCAGCAGCAGUGAAGACCACAUCCCACUGGCUGCCUUGCCUUUGCUGGCUGUUUCAUCUCCUCAGUACCAGGAUGCCGUUGCCAUGGUGAUCAGUAGAGCCAAUCAAGUUUAUAAUGAGUUUCUCAAAUCUACUGAUGGGGCUGGUUUUAAUGGACAGGUGUGUCUUAUAGGCGACUGCAUUGGAGGAAUUUUGGGGUUUGAUGCCAUCUGCUAUAAUUCUAAUACAGCUUAUGAGAGUCGGAACAGCAGCAGGAGAGGAAGCAUCAGCAGCAUCCAGGAUAAUCCACUCUUAGCAGAGGACUCGGGUCUGGGUGACAGCAAACACCUGAGCAAAAGCAAUAUUGACAUCUCGGGAAUCAUGGAGGACGAGAAGCAAAGGCCACCGCCGCCUCGGAAGGAGAGUGACUCAUCCACUUAUGAGUGUGAUACCAUAACCCAGCAUCAUGCAUUCCUGUCCAGCAUCCACUCAAGUGUGUUGAAAGAUGGUGCAGACCUUCCUCCUGUGGAUUCCAGUCUCUCAGAAGUAAAUCUGGGCCGAUUUGAAUUUGAGGUGUCUGAUUUCUUCCUUUUUGGAUCACCACUUGGGUUGGUGCUGGCCAUGAGGAGCACUGUUCUGCCUGGUCUGGAUGUAUGCCAGGUCCGACCAGCCUGCAGCCAAGUUUACAGCUUCUUUCACUCUGCUGACCCCUCUGCCUGCAGACUUGAGCCACUGUUGGAGAAAAGAUUCCAUCUUCUUCCUCCAUUCAGUGUCCCACGGUACCAGAGAUACCCAUUAGGGGAUGGAAGAUCUCACCAGUUAGGUGAUGCUCUCCACAAUCACAGUGGUCUGUUCCUUGAGAGUAGCUCUUUGAACAUACCGUUCUCUCAGGAGAGUCCUGGAUCUCCAAAUGCAUCUGAUCAGUCACAAGGGAAAGCAAGAAAGUUGAGCUUGGCCAGCACAAACAGUGAAAACUCGGGGUCAACUGAAAGCUUGCCAUCAGCAUGCCUCACCAACAUUACUGCAAAGUGGUGGGGAACAAAACGAAUAGAUUAUGCUUUGUACUGUCCAGAUGUGCUGACAGCCUUUCCAACAGUGGCCCUGCCACAUCUCUUUCAUGCCAGCUACUGGGAAUCAACAGAUGUUGUGGCCUUCAUCUUAAGACAGGUGAUGAGGUAUGAAAAUGUAAAUUUCAAAGAAAAUGACAACCUGGAUCCAGAAACACUAAGUCCAUCCAAUCCACGAGAAAAAUGGCUACGCAAGAGGACACAUGUCAAAUUGAGGAAUGUGACUGCCAAUCACCGAGCUAAUGAUGUCAUUGCAGCAGAAGAUGGUCCUCAGGUACUCGUUGGGCGCUUUAUGUAUGGACCUCUGGACAUGGUGGCUUUAACAGGUGAAAAGGUGGAUAUCUUCAUAAUGACUGAGCCAUCUUCGGGUAGGUGGGUGUAUUUUGACACAGAGAUAUCCAACAGCAGUGGACGAAUAUCCUACAAUAUACCUGAACAGAAGAGACUGAGAGUUGGUGUGUAUCCCAUCAAAAUGGUGGUCAGAGGGGACCAGAGCAGUGCAGCAAGUUACCUGACUGUACUGCCCCGAGGGAUGGAAUGUGUUGUGUUCAGCAUUGAUGGUUCCUUUGCAGCAAGUGUUUCAAUUAUGGGAAGUGACCCCAAAGUCCGAGCGGGGGCCGUUGAUGUUGUCAGGCAUUGGCAGGACCUGGGAUAUCUGAUUAUCUAUAUCACAGGCCGUCCAGAUAUGCAGAAACAGCGUGUAGUUUCGUGGUUGUCCCAACACAAUUUCCCACAAGGGAUGAUCUUCUUCUCAGAUGGACUUGUUCACGACCCACUGCGACAGAAAACCAUUUUUCUCCGGAAUCUCAUGCAAGAGUGCCACAUCAAAAUCUGUGCCGCAUACGGUUCCAUGAAGGAUAUUUCUGUGUACAGUGUCUUGGCUCUGUCACCAUCCCAGAUCUACAUAGUUGGACGAUCCACAAAGAAAUACCAGGCACAGUGCCAAUUCCUCAGUGAAGGUUAUGCAGCCCACUUGGCCUCGCUGGAGUUCAGUCUCCAUUCACGACCCAAAAAGAACAACUCUCGGAUGAUCUUGAGAAAAGGCAGCUUUGGCCUCCACUCACAACCUGAGUUUUUGCGCAAGAGAAACCACCUCCGCAGGACUAUGUCUGUACAGCAACCUGACCCGCCUUCCUUAAACCCCAAGCCAGAGCGUGCUCAGAGCCAGCCUGAAUCUGACAAAGAUCAUGACAGGCAUUUGCCUUCCAUUGCUUGGGUUCGAGGUGGAGUUCACAAAUUUGAAUCUAUUCCCUAGGAGGACUGGGACUGUAGAUCUUGGAUGCACCCCAUAAAACUUUUAGACAUGCCUGAAAGGUAGUAUUUAGGCAGCUCUAAAUUAAGAGAAGUGGACAGGAAUUUGUACCUUGGAGUCUUCCCUGUUCUGAAAUCUGCCUUCUUACACCAACUGGGGCACUUCCAGUCUCUUCCUCUUACCAUGUUUAUUGGGGAAGUUUAAAACAAUCUAAAACUAUCACAAGUUUAUCAUCAUAGCAACAGGUUAUUUUUGGGAACAGAUACAAUAUGUGCAAUAAGAGGAAAAGGUACUGAUUUUACUCAGAAGGAUUGUGGUAUCAGCUAAUUAGCUGCACCCAACACAGCAUCAAGGGUAGGUCCUGUGGGUUACAGAGGAGGUUUAUACUUUAAGCAUUAAGUAGUCUGUUUCCACUUCACCUUUCAAUGAAAGUGAUUAAGGGAGGCAGCAGCGGGAGCUACAAUAACAGGUGGUUAGGACUUCUACAACAAGAUGCUUCCUGGGUGCCUUAAACCCAAGGUUUCCUUUCAGCCUACAGUGUUGGUCAGCAGACUCCAACAUGGGCACUCGUGUUUGUGUGAGGCACUGGACAAAUAAAUGCGAGAACUUCACUUGUGAACCAAACAUAAAAACUUCGUGUUAAAAUAAAUGUGUCAGCCACAGUUUGAACACAGUUAGUGUUGUUGUAACCAAAGUAGUGUGCAGCUGUACAAAGAUCACAUUGUUUGUGGAACUUGAUGACUGUGCAAAAAUGUGUGGACUACUCCAAAGAAGAUGGCUCUGAUGAUCUCAGUCAGAGAGUCAGAUCCUAAGAGGGCAAGCUGAAAGGAACUGUUUUACUAAGGGAUCUGCAACCUUCAGAGCAAUUGCUUUUUAAAUUAUUUGAACUAGAAUAUUUACACUGGAGGGAAAAAAGAAGUAAUUAAAUAAAUUGAUAAAUUGUUUACCUUCUCAUGCUUCACAGCAACUGCUGCAUUAAGACAAUCUGUAGCAUUCAGAAUUAUAGCAUUUGAGCUUCAAAGAGUGGACAUGCAAAAAUACAGGUGCCACAGACAUUUCUCUACUGAUUUAAAUUUCUCUCUGAUCUCUCAAUGGACUUACUAGAAGUAAAAUGUGUGAUGUUUUACCUAAGUAGUAAUAUUUCUAGAACAUUAUAGUUACUUUAACAUAGUAGCAGUUUGCAGAUUCUUCAUGCAGAUACUUCCAUGGAAAUUCAUCAAGAGAAUUUUAAUGACUGAACUGAUGCAUGUUUUAAAACCUGCAAUGAAGUUACAAGUGCACAUAAAACCCCUUUUUGUUUAGAGUUAAAAACACACUAUUGACACUGAGAAAGCUUGAAAUCAAAAGAACAUUCCUUUUUCAGGUUUGUUUGUUUUUUUUUAUUUCAGGGAAUUGGGGUGAAGAGGGUGUUAUACCUCUCCAUCCCCCUUUCAGGUUUUGCUAGACCAGACAGUCUCUCACCAAGUUGGUUAAUGAUUUUGAAAGUUAACACGUAAAACAGCAAAUGCAAUGGAAAACUUUUAAGACAGUGCAGAAGUAAAGUCUGUACUUUCUGUUAACCAUGAAGUUUCAGUGGGCUUUUGGAAGGACGUAGAAGUGUAGCUUUUGCCUUAAAAGGCAGCAAAAUAGGUUAUAACUGGAGAUGUUUGAUUUAUAUUUUCAGACAUUACUUGGCAAGAUAGUCAGCUACCUAUUUCAAACUUCCUGAAGUAUCUCUGCCACAUCAGUAGUAGGUUGUUCUGGUUUUUGGGUUUUUUUUUUUUCCCCCUAAUGCUUUCUUUAAGGGAAGGGGUAAUCUCUGCUGAAGAUUAAGGAAAGAUGUAAAACGUCUGGUAGCAAACACUCUUUGGGAGCAGGUAAAUACGUUCCAAGGGGCUAGGGUUUUGUGCUCUGUUGCUACAAAAGCUAAAUGAAAGAUAGCUUUCAAACUACAUUGAAAGACUCUUAACAUUUAGAAAUGCUUUCCCAGUAGUGUCAUAGUUCUUGAAUCCAUGAAGUUGGAGGUAUUCCAUGUUCUGUCUCAGCCCACUGCAUGGAUUAAUUCUAGUCACAUGGUCCAUUUCUUCUGUGCUUUGCACCAUGAUGAGUUUGCACAGGUACACCAGCCUCCAUCUCCUUCUAGUGAAUUUACUGUUAACACACUCCUGCUUGUUAAUUUUAAUAGGCAUGGGAAUCCUUGUGAGAGAGUAACUUCCUAGGAAAAUUUUAAGUUUGAUGAGGGGUCUAAAAUAUUGACAGAUCAAAAAGUUUUUUAGUCAUUGGAUUUUGUUUAGCAUGUCUCCUGACUGUAAUCACUAUUCCUGUUCAAAGCUACUGUUGUUUUAGCCAUCUACCUCUAUCACCCAAGAGACUUGAAAACCGAUUUUUUUGUUUUCAUUUGCUGUGGUAGAAAGGUCUACUUCCUAUCAAAAGAGGGAUGUGUGUGUAAUUCUGUGACUGUAGUGAAGGAAAUAGUGUCUGAGUACAAGAUUAGAAAAAUCUCCUAGGUUAUAAAGGGCUGUCUUUUACUCUUGGGAGACAUAAAGUCAUUUUACAGGGUUUCAUGUCAUGAAGACUCCGAUUUUGUGGAUCUCUGUUAAUAGCUGGGUCACCUUUACAGUAGUCACUGUGCUGGCUUCCCUUAAGAAUAUUAGGAGCUAAUAGCAGUAAAACAAGUGUGUGUGUGUGUGUGUGUGUGUGUAUGAUUUAGUGUGGUAACAAUUUCAAAAUUUCUACACAUGGUAUUAAAAUCAAGCUGAAAAUAUUCUCCUUAACUUUGUUUUCAUACAAUGUAUGAGAGCUUAUAUGGCAUUUACAUAAUUCCAGCACUGCUCAUUGCUCGUGGUUGGAAUGGUUUAUCUUGUGUCCCACACUCCAGCUGUGCACUUUGGCAAAAUAGUGACACAGCCUUUUUAGUUACACACUUUGUCCACAUGAAACUGCAUCCAGUCAUUCACAGGCGUUCGGCUUGCAACUGGAUUUCAGUUCUGUUUGUGUUUUCAUGAAAGAUCAGUCCCCUAGGAAGCCAUUCGCUGAGGGUAAGUUUGAUUCUGCAGUCAUCUUAUUCUUGAUUGCAAGUCCUCAUUGCUGCAGUUUCGUGCAGUCAGCACUUAAACUGUAUGGACUAUGAAAGUGUUUUAGCAUACACAGAAGGGAAAGGGACAGAGAAGUCAGGUGGGUAUGCCCACAGAACAUACAUUAGACUCAGUUGUUUCAGCACCAUCAGUUGUUUAGUGCCUCCAGUGUGUAACAGAAAAGCACAUUCUUUUAACAUGCUGAAUGGAUGAAGCAUAAAUGAAAUUGUAAAAUGCAAAACUGUUAGUCCAGUGGGUGCUAAGGGUACAGGACAAGUAUGCCACAGUUGGAAGCAUUUACUUCUUUGUCCUGUUGAUAUGGAUCCAUUUUAAAUUACUGUAAAAAAUGGCUGUGAUUAAUAGCAGUGGUAGAGUUAUUUGAGAUAUUGUGAAAACACACCUUCACAACUGUGGUGUUUUGGUUUUGUCUGUGUGUAUGUGUGUAUAGCUACUGGAAGACACUUAAGUUUUGGUUCUGCUUUCACAGCAGAUUUGUAACCAGUACACAUUAAAAAAAAAAAAAAGAACAAAACCAACUCAAACACAGCAACAGUGGCUGUCUGUUCAAUUUUGUUGUCUAGCUAGGUAGGUUUGGGACAAGAUAUCAUUGUAUAGAUUGCAGAACUGAAUAGUGAUGUUAAUCCAAAUCUGCUUAUUUUGAAUAACAUUUUUAUUUGAAUACACUAGUGCUCUUGGUAUAGAUUUUUGCUUGACCAAAGUAUUCCUGUUUAGUUUUGUGGCAUGGUUCGUAUCUAUUCAGCAUAAAAUUCUGUUAGGUGUAAAAAUGACAAAGUACUGGUAAUUCUUACUCAUUGGGGUUCAUGAGAGCUGUCAUUUUUAUUUGUUUACAUUAAACUAGUCUUAAUUUAUUCUGAUCAUUUCACUUUUUCCUCUAGUACCUAGGGAGCUCACUUCCAAACAGCUAAAACUGGUUAUGUAGAAGUGGAACUAUCAGUAAACUAGAGGAAAAAAAAUUACACACCCUGGUCUAUGCAGGACAAUGACAUUUUUUUCAGAAUCCCCAGUAUUCUGCAAAAUAGUCUUUGUUUUCCCUUACUAGUGAACACGUUGUCCUGUUUAUACAUUGCAGACUUUCUUUAGCCAGGACACUACUAAUGCGUGUAUUUAACAAAUCCUCAAUACUUGGAUCUAUAGUGUCAUCAUGUCCUUCAUGGAAUAAAUUUAGAAAGGGAAUUUUUUUUCCCUUCUUUCUAUACCAUUUCUGUCUUAAAUUUGCUAAAAGCUUUUUUUUAAUAAGCAUUUAAAACAAAACCUGAAACCAAUAGGUAUUUUAAAUUUUAAAAUUUGUAGGCCCAACAGUUGUUACAAGUAGGAUUUUCCCCAGUUUGUUUUUUCCCUCUUGCCAUCUAGGCUGCAAAAAGGUGAGUACAUCGUCAUAUAACUAGAUGAUUGGAGCAUGGAUAUCUUUUUAGUAAACUCAUUAGCCUGAUAAUGGAGAGAUGAGGAUUAUACACCACAAUUUCAUGAUUUUUCUGAUUAGAGAUUGAUGUGUGGCAUCUGAACUCAAGAUCUCUGCAGUGAAUUGUUCAUGUCAGGCAUACAGUGGGAGAGAGUGGGAUUUUCAUCCUCAUCUGGAGCUGGUACAGGAUAGAAUUCCUACACACACAAAACCUUCCAGCCUAUCUUCUCAGCUUCUCUAGGAGCACUGAUUCCUCCUGGUCUGUGUUCCAAGCUUAAGCAGAAAUUGUAGGUUUGUCAAGGUAAUUGAGACGUCCAUUAUGUUUAGUCACUCAAGGUAACUCUACAUUCCUAUAGAUGAGCCUGAAUUCAGACACACACCCCCCACCCCACCCCCCCC